UCUAGACUCUAUAAAUCUACCUCUUACAACCCACUAGUAACUUUGUGCGCCUCGUUCUCUCCGCUGAAAGCUCUUUUUUGAGUACACUCAAGUCACGGUCUCUCUCUCAGGGCAACCAUGUCGACCAUGCCAACCAUCUCAACUGUGAGACUUCCCUCCCAGUGCAUGCUUAGAACUGCACCUCAGAACGGUUUCACCAGUGCCAUUAUCAAGUGCCCAUCAUCUGUUGGAUCUGUGAAGAACAUCUCCAAAGCUUUUGGCAUGAAAGCAUCCCCCUCUUUCAGAGCAUCCGCGAUGGCAGUAUACAAGGUUAAGCUUAUAGGACCAAAUGGUGAAGAGAACGAGUUCGAUGCCCCUGAUGAUGCUUACAUCCUAGAUUCAGCUGAAACUGCAGGAGUUGAGUUGCCUUAUUCAUGCAGGGCUGGGGCUUGCUGUACCUGUGCUGGGAAGAAGGUGUCAGGCUCAGUGGACCAGUCUGAUGGCUCAUUCCUUGAUGACAAACAAAUGGAGGAAGGUUAUGUGCUGACUUGUGUCUCAUACCCGACUUCUGACUGUGUGAUUCACACACACAAGGAAGAAGAUCUUUUCUGAGUGUGAUUAUUUUGUUGGGGUUUGAGUAGGGUUUCAAAAUAUAGUCGCCUAGAAUAGUUUUGACUGCAUAUCCUUCCCCAUUAAUCACAUCCACUUGAGCCUGGCCGGCAUGUAGGUGUUGCGUUUCUUGUUUGGUCUGAGAGAUGAUGUAUCCUCUCUGUUUCAGUGAAUUCUAUGUUUUACAAGGUCAUCUUGAAAGUAGGGACUUGGAAUAAGGAUAGAGUAAUGUUACAUACGGUUGUGGAGUGUGCAAGUGCAUUGCAGUCGUUUUGAAAAAGAGUGGGAUCCAUUAUUAAAGAAUUAAUAUUUUUUCUUU